GGUGUUACCUAUUUAGGUACGGAAUGGGCAAAUAAUCCAGUUAUUCGUGGUGAUGUUUUAGUUUCCACAUUACUAGAAAACAUGAACGGUGAUAAAUAUCCAGAAAGACGAGAUGAAUUAAUAGAAAUAAUGGAUAUUAAUCCAAAAUGGCGUAUGCAUCAAAUAUCUGACGGACAAAGGCGCAGAGUGCAAUUUGUUUUAGGUUUGUUAGAACCAUGGAAUCUUUUGUUAAUGGAUGAAGUUACAGUUGACGCAGAUGCAUUGGUACGAACGGAUUUGUUAAAUUACCUAAAAAAAGAGACUGAAAUAAGAGGCGCCACAAUAGUGCACGCAACACACAUAUUUGACGGACUUGGAGACUGGCCUACACACAUCGCUCACAUAAAACGUGGCACAAUCGUAGCAUUUCAUGAUUUUAAUAACUUUCCUGAGCACGAUAAAAUGAUACAUCAACAACUUCAAUUACGUUCUUUCUAUAAUAAUAAAGUUGAUGAUAGUACAGACCAACAAUUAUCACCACAAAUAAUAUCAUAUUACCGUAAAAACAUGGAUUCACCACUUUUAAAAGUUGUUGAGCAAUGGUUGAGAGAAGAUUUCCGGGAAUUGAGGUUUCUCCGGGCUGAAGAAAGGAAAAAGGCAGAGCAAGAACAGGACAAAGCAUUAUUGGGAGAGGAAACUCCAAGAACAACAUGGGAUAAUCUUUCAGAAAAUGUGAAAGUUCACGGAGAUAAAUAUUAUAAUUAUUGGAAUAAUUGA